AUGACUGAGGGUCGUCUAGCAGAGCUGAGCCCCAGUCUGUCUCAGAUUGUGCUCCACACAGCUCUAGUGGUCCACCAGUCUCCAGCUCCUGAGGUCGACCUCCUGAGGACCCUGUGCUUCAGUCCUGGAAAGGCCAAGGACUUUGAGGCCCGUUUCUCCAGUGUGCACAAUAACAUUCUCAGAAAGGGAGGCAGGGAGACACUAGCCCAGAUAGUCUACAGCCGAGUGCCUGAGCUGAAGGACCUGCCAACAACAGGCGUGUUUAACCUCCCCCUGAUGUGGAAGUUCGAGCAGAGGAUGACCAUUCAGCUACUCAGCCGCCUGAUUGAGCAGAAAGAUGAGAGGAAAAACCUGUCUGUGCUCUCAGAGAUCCUGAAAAAUUCUGUCCACAUACGGCACAUCAAACAUCUGCCUCAAGUGCUGAACCUGCAGCACACAAUGAUGCGUCACUUUCGAAAUGUGGAUCUGCAAUGCUACGAGGAUGUGAAAAUUGGGACCUUCAUUAAAGAGAAUAUUUCAGACGUCAAGAUUCCCAUAGAGUGGAAAAACAAGACAGAGAAAGACUUGAGGAUACUGGACCUCUUGCCUAGGAAAGAUUCAGUCAUGUACACCUUGACAGAUUAUCUUGUCAGAAUGCAGAAUGACUGUAUAAACUGCGCCAACCCCGGAGAGAACAGACGCUUCAGCACUAGUGAAAUCAAGCCUUCCCAUGUCAUUGACUGCACCCCUGAGCAAGACUUCUUGACCAUUGCGAUGUCCAACAUUGACCAUGUGGUGUGUGAGGAUGGGACAGAAAGCACCAACUACAACUUUAAGAGCCUGGAGAGGCAGAUAGUCGACCGGUUCUUCACAGAGAAACCCAUCAUCAAUGUCAAUACAAUUCCCUUGUUUGAGGACAACACCAGAACAACCCUUCGGGCUUUCUUCAGCACAGUGAAGGAAAAGCUGGAGCCUUUGAACACCAAUGACCAGAACUGCAUCUUGAAUGACUUCAGGUUCCUGAAUGAGAUCUCAGCUGCCCUCUCUACACUGAGAAUUGCCAUUGGGUUUAUGCAGCUGGCAUUCCCUGAUGCAGAGGAGUACCUUGUGCACUACCUGAGUAAAGAGCUCAGGCUCGAGGAUAGAACACAUACCCUGAGCUUACCGGUGCUGAGAACCAGCAGGGUGAAGCACAUCCAGUCUCUCUGGGAGGUGCUUUCUCUGAGGCAGUCCUCCCUGCUCACUGAGAUGAAUCAGAAUCCGUUCUUCAUGAUCGAGGGUGGUUUUCAUGAGUCGUUUUCUGAGGAGCAGAAGAAGGAAAUCUCCCCCAAACUGGCCAACCUCACCAAACUGGACCUCUUCGUUACAGAGCUGCACUACGUCAUCAUGAACAUUAAUUUGAAUGACAUCAAGCACGACUGGAGGUGUGUGUUAUUUGAUCUGUUUAUUCUUCAGCACACGUGCAUUAUUCACUGCAGUUUCACUAUAAUGCACUUUCCCUUUUCAAUUUCAGUGUCCAAAUAA